CUAUAAUGCCACUCGACCACGAUACUUCCCUCCCCGCCUCCAAUAAGACCAUCUCCAAGUCUGCACCAAGCAAGAAGAGGUCGCAUUCAGAGUACCUUCUCGAUAUUAACUCCCGGUUCAAGCGUCUCACGGAAGACGUCUUCCCUCACCACCCAUACCUCCUCACCGUGCCGACGGAGAAACCGUUCCGGCUGGGUUCCCGAACAGUGACAAACUGGGCUGUUGGCAAGGGCUGCUUGUUUGCGCCAGAGGAGGAGCAGCUCCAGUACAUGACGUUUCUGUCUCGUCAGGCCGAAGACACUCUCCUGGUCGCCGUGGGGGGAUGGUCCGAUGGGAAUGGAAAUAUCAUCGAGGAGGAUGAACCUAGAAUACAUGCAGUGAAGAUGAGAAACAAUCCGUCACAGAACAGUCAGCAGAAAAAGAAAAUAAGUUUCAAGGACUACAAGAAAGCGUUGGAGACAUCCGUUCCGCCAACUCCCGCGUUGGGAUCUAGCAACAAGACCGAACCCUCACCUCUCAAGCAGGACGUUCCGUCGAACAGAAGGGGCCAAUGCCCUAAAGCUUCUACUUCUACGAAGGAGGAUGUUGCUCCCAAGAGAAGGCCGGAAUCACCGUCUUCAAAGCCUGUUGAUGAAUCUUCACCGCCCCAUCGCAAGAAGCCACGAUCCGAAAAGGACAGUGAAGAGGAUUCAGACAAACCCCUUAUACAAUUAAAGAAACCGCCAGCCGUUCCUGAGUUACUUUCACCUACUCUUCCUCCGGACACCACUGGCCCGAGUAUACCUCCUCUGCUCUCUCCAACGCUCCCUCCUGAACUUGAAGAAGAAAUAUCGCUUUCAGAGGAGAGCAAAAAGGCACCACCAUCCGCGGCUAGGAAAAGUCUUCCCAAGCCUACGGGUAGCCACUCUGAUGCGACCAAAUCCAAGUCCAUAGAACGUAACCGGCCCCGCGAAGACUCAUUUUCCAGUACCAAGGGAGAUACCAAGCUUAAAACGCCAAAUACUUCAUUCGCUGCGAAACCUGGAGUGAAAAGCUCCCCAAUUCCUGCUCCGCUGACAAAUCGUCCCAUUAAGAAAGUUACUGUUACCGCACAAGGCAGUGUUGUGCCAUCGUCCUCCGCUGGCAGGUCGGCGCCUGCAACUCCAGCAAAGCCGAGACUCGUUGUUAGACUUAAGUACGGGCGCCAAAACAGAAAGCGAAUCGAAGCGCUGUUGAAAAUAACCAGGCGCAAAGCUCCAGCUGAGAAACGCCCGGCAAAACCUCAGGAGGAUGUACUAGAUCAAAAAGAAAUUAAGCCACCCUCGACUUUAAAAGCUCCUGAAAAACAGCGAGAAUCGUCCCUGGGAAGUAAACGUCCUCCACCAAUAGAUGACAUUCCUUCCGAAGGCCCAGCGCGUAAGAAGCCAAAAGCGACCGCGCCGACAUCUUCCGAGCCAAAAGGUACACCCAACUCUAAAACUUCCGGCCAGCAGCCCAAGGCCCAAUUUCCAACUCCCAAAAAGGAAGUGAAACCCGGUACCAAAGGAACUUCUAUGCGACGUACAGAAUCUACAGAUAGCGAAGCAAAACCGUCAAUAGCUAAAGCAGCUGGUGCACUUGAUGAGAGGCCAACCAGCAAAGCUUCACCGGCAUUAUCCACAGACAACCAGUCCACAAAGUCGCAUGACGCGGAAUGGCGUGCGUGGCGCGAUGAAUGGCAGAAAUACAAGGACCUAGGUCGGGAACUUAAACAUGCAUCUGACCCGCUCGCAGAUCAAGGAAGGUCAGGUGGUUCUCAAAGCAGAGAUGCAAAACUCAGUGCCGCGACUGCUAUUGAAGCUGUUCUUUGUUUCUCCCUUGCAUUCAUCGCGGACGAUAAAUCCAAAUCCCUUAGUCGCCAAACCCGCCAGUCAUCGAACUGGCACUCACUUAUUCCCUACUGGCAGGCCGUUGCCCACCGCACGGCCGCAUAUCCCCACCUACAUGGACUUUGUUUACUUCUAGGUGCUAUAAUCUAUGAAGCUGUCCAUACUCUUGACCUCGACCGCCUCGCUUCCAUUGCGCUUCCGGGUGAACCUUCCAAUAGCCACAAUUCCAACCAGAAAAAUAAGGCGGUCGCUCCCACCCCCGGCAGUGAUGAUGCGGACAUUUCAUCUCAACCUUCGACGCUAGCCCAGGACUCCAAGGUUAUCCGGGAACUAAUCGAUCUCCGCAACCGUCUUCCUCAGUCCCACCGCGAGUCAAAUCGCCUCUGGCUCGAAGGCUGUCGUCUACUCCCCGACGUUAUACUUGCGCGUGAGUAUCCUAUGACGUGGCAACGACGGAGCCGGAACUUUGCCGAAAGAGGUAGAGAGGUGUUGAAGGUUGGGAAGUACAGUGGUGAUUUUUUCCUGCCGAUGCCAAGAAGUGGUGGUAUGGCGCCGGGGACAGGGACGACAGGUGUGAUUGAAGGCAUCCGAUUUGCCACGGUGUUUAUGCGGGAGUGGUGUGAGAAAGAAGACGUUAGGUGGAUUAAUAAAUUGAAGCUUUAGAAGUGGGAGGAGGAAAAGGAGGGAUCUCUGCUGCUAAGAUGGGUCUCUCUUCUUUGCAUCUCUUUUUGAAUCUAAUAUGGCUAAGUAGGUGCUUGGACCUAGGGAGGCAUCUGUUUUUGUUUUCGUUGCAGUUGGACAGGCUUAAACUACAUACCCCAUCUGUCGUCAUUUGCUUUUGUGAUUGAUUUUUAUUUGCUUAUAGCUACAUGUUAGAUAUUUGCCAGUGUGCCUGGAAGGGAGCAUAUGUAGGUGUGUACGAUUUAUACGACUUGCUUUCCCUUUUUUUCUACCCUUAUUUCUGCUACUGAUACCUCCCGCGUCACGCACUUAUAUGUGGUUCAUUAGGUCUUGACUUUGCCAUCACUUGCCUGUCUUUGCAUCUGUUGUCUUGUUUUGUUUUCAUCUCCGCUCUUAAAACGAUACCAUGAACCCGGGGGAGGGGUUGGUUUGUUUUUUUCUCGUCCGGCCUACACAGGAGUGCAUAUGGUGUGAAUGGGAUGUGUGGUUUGACUUUUAUGUAGAGGUAGAGAGAAAAAGAUGCGGCAGUUAACUUAGGUGCUAGUUAAUCAGAGGAUCUAUGAAGUG